GACGGAAAGGCGAGGAGGAGGCUCUCGGUGACGACAGGUCACUGUCCGCUUCACAUCCGCCAAGCUUGAUCUCUCUCAUCUGCAUAUAUCUGAUCACCAGUACUGUCAGCAGUCAUCCGCCACAACCUCUUGUGACAUCCCCAGGCCGUCUGUACUCUUUCAUCAAGUGCUCUUUCGUCAGUGAGUGCUGCUGUUGACCAACCUUCCAGGAUUCUCUCAGAUCUGCCAGCGGUACGUCCAUCUGAUCCAGCUAGCUACCCAAGAGUCAUCCAUAAUGCCGCACGAGCCCAAGCCCGUCACUGAGGGCGGCUCUGCGCCACAGCCAUCCACAAGCAGGUCGGCACUGCACAAUACGCACACAGACAGAAUCCACGCAUCCCUCCCUGAUUGGCCAACUGCCGUCCGCCGUCUUGUCUGCUAUCUGUCUUCAGCGACUCUCACGCCGACCCGGAGCUGCCGCAGGCCGCCGACCAGCAGCAGCAGCAGCAGGAAGCGAAGAACGAGUCCCAGCCGAAAGUCAAGGUGGUCGAUGCCGAUGAGCCGAAGGCUGCUGUGGUCGAGGCGAGCGAGGAGGAGGGCCUGAGCGACGCGCAGGUGGAGCGGCUCCGGGAGGAGUGGGGGUACAAUGAGGUGACCGCCAAGCAGACGCCCGAGUGGGUGCAGAUCGCGAUGCGCUACCUGGGGCUGGUGCCCAUCAUCCUGCUCGUCACCGCCGUACUCAGUGCCGCCAUUGUGGACGCAGACGGCAACCGAGACUGGGUGUCGUUCGGCAUGCUGGUGUUCCUGGUGAACCUGGUUGUGUGGAGCGACUAUUUGGGUGAUCGCAACGCCAAGAACGCCAUGAAGGCGGUCGAAGAGCUCAGCGCGCCCCAGUGCACUACCAGACGAAACGGCGAAUGGGUCACCAUGAAGAUUCGAGAGCUGGUGCCAGGUGACAUUGUCAGCCUGCGGGCUGGCGUGGUGGUGCCUGCGGAUGGCACCAUCAUCGGCGACGGCGAGCCGCUGUCAGUCGACGAGAGCAUGCUCACCGGGGAGAGCCUCGCAGUCACCAAACGCACCGGAGACGACGUAAGCAACCAGCGCAACACAACACACAAGACACAGACAGACAGACAGACAGACAGACAGAGAACCGCUGUGUGUACCUGUGUGGGGGAUGAUCCAGAUGUUGUCUGGUGCCAUGAUCAAGCGCGGCGAGAGGGCGAUGCGGGUUACGGCGACUGGCGAGAACUCGUUCUUCGGCAAGACGCUCUCCCUCCUCGGCAAGGCCUCCCAGCAGUCGGCUGGCCACCUCAAGAUGGUCCUCAACAAAGCCGCCAAGUAACACACACACACACACAGACAGACACUUACACACCCUCCCUCCCUCCCUCCGUGUGUGGUGUUUUGUCCCACUGUGUCCAUCAAUGGAUUGCCAUUACUCCAGGGUGAUCACUCUGACGGGGUUCGUGUUCGUGGCUGUGAUAUUCUUCGUCAAGAUCUUUGCGCGCGGCGAGGACCCGCUGCUGGCGUGGAAACUGGCCUUCGUCGUGUGGUCGGCCAUCGUGCCUUCGGCAAUGCCUGUGGUGACCACCACGGUGCUCUCGGUCGGGGCCGUCAUGCUGUCGCGACACAAGGCGGUCGUCCAGCGACUGAGUGCGAUUGAGGAGAUGGCUGGUGAGGGAAGGAGGGGUCGACAGAGGGCAGGAUGCCGGCAUGCACUCUCAUUGCGUGUGGGUGGUGGUGGAUAUGGUUGUGGUGUGUGCAGGUCUUGAGAUAUUGUGCAGUGACAAGACGGGGACACUGACAAAGAAUGAGCUGCAGCUCGACAAAGCGGAGGUCGUGGCGGAGCCCGGCUGCUCCACCGAGGAGAUCCUCCUCUUCGCGUCACUGGCCUCCGUCACCCACAAUCCGGUAUGCCAAGCUAACCACGUGCAUCCCUCUCUCCCUCCCUCUCGGCGUAUGUAUGUAUGUGUAUGCCUCGUAGGAGGCGAUUGACAUCGCCAUCAAUGCCGUAGCCAACAUGGAGGAGCGCGCCAAGUACAAGAUCGAGCGGUACAUUCCGUUCAACCCAGUCGACAAGCGCACAGAAGCCACGCUGACAGCGCCCGACGGCACCAGGAUGCUCGUCAGCAAGGGCGCCCCCCACAUCAUCCGCGACAUGGUCGCCAAGGACGAUACCGACCUCGACCGCAUCGACGCCAUCAUCAACUCAAAGGCCGUCAGGUCUGCUCAACUGUCGGAUAUGUGUCGUUCACAGAAUCACCCCUUGCGAGGUCUGUCUGUCUCAAUCUCAGUCUGUUUGUGUCUGUCAACUCAGGGGCCUGCGCACACUCGGCGUGGCGCGCUGCACCCUUCCCCCAGCACCAGCAGCGGCAGCAGCAGCAGACACAGCACCACCAGAGGCCGCUGAGCUGACAUGGGAGCUGAUGGGGUACAUCUCGUUGUUCGACCCGCCUCGCGAGGACACCGAGGAGACCAUCCGUGAGGCGGUCCGUCUGGGUGUGGACGUCAAGAUGGUCACAGGCGAUCAGCUCGCCAUCGCAAUCGAGACUGCCAAGAGACUCGGCAUGGGCACAAACAUCGUCGGCAGUGAGGUCUUCGAGUCCAAUCACGAGAGCGGCAGCGGCCCCUUCCUGGGCAAGUCCACCUUUGCCGGGUACGUCGAGUCGGUCAGCGGCUUCGCCGGAGUGUACCCUGAGCACAAAUUCAAGGUAGGUAGGUAGGUACAUGCCAUGCAUGGUGGGAGAACGGGGGAAGAGGACAACGAGCCUUUCUUGGAUGGAUGGCCCUCGUGUGUGGUGUGUGCAGGUGGUGGAGACGUUGCUUGGCACAGGCAAGCUGGUGGGAAUGACAGGCGACGGCGUCAACGACGCCCCGGCGCUAAAACUGGCAACCGUCGGCGUGGCCGUUGCCGGCGCGACGGAUGCGGCCAAGAGCGCCUCGGAUAUCGUGCUGCUCGCCCCCGGCCUGUCCACGAUCAUCCACGCCCUUGUGCUGUCGCGGCAGAUCUUCCGGCGCGUGGAGGCCUACAUCAUCUACCGCAUCGAGGCGUCGAUCAUGAUCUUGCUGUUCUUCUUCUUUUCCAUUGUGGUGCUGGAGUUCGACGUGCCGACGUGGAUACUGAUCCUGCUGUCCAUCAUCAACGACUUCACCUUGAUGAGCACGUCGCGCGACCGGGUGCCGGCCAGCGAGAAGCCCGAGAUAUGGGACAUGGGCAGGGUACGCAACGCAAUAUGUGUGUGUGUGUGUGUGUGGGUGGGUGGGUGUGCCGUGCCACACAGGGCCCCCAGCACAGCUGUCUGUGAAUGGCUCUCCCUGUCUCUCUCUGUGUCUGUGUGGGGAUCAGGUUGUUGCUGUAGCCUUCACGCUGGGCGGGCUCUAUGCCUGUGCGGGCUUGCUGCUGGUGUACCUGGCUGGCAACGACACUCACAGCCCGCCACUCGCCUACGACGACUGGUGGGAGGCCUGGGGCCUAGACUCCAUCUCAGAGCCCCAACUGGUGGCCUGCCUGUUCCUCAACCUGACCAUCAUGCUGCAGCUCUCGUUCCUCUCCUGCCGCAGCAAGACCUGGUGGUUCUGGUUCGACGGCAAGACCACCAAGGCGCCCUCGCUCAUAGUGCUCAUCCCACAGGUCGGCGCACUCGUCCUGGCGACCCUCCUCUCCGUCUACUGGCCGGCAGAGCUCGCACUCGGCGGCGGCGCAACAAUGGCGGGAUGCGGGUGGGCUCACGCGGGAGUGGUCUGGCUCUACUCGGUCGUCGUGGUGCUCAUCCUCGACGUCAUCAAGGUGAUCACCUACCAGAUCUGGUGGGCCGCCACCGACAGCGAGACGCUCUUCUCCUCCCUGUGGCGGGACCCACAUGCCGCCAAGAAGGAGGCUGAGAGAGAGGUGCGUAAGCAGCGGCGACGGCUGGACAGCAAGCGGUUCACCAGCAAGGACUACAUCCAGCGAAAGGUGGAGGACUGGGAGGAGGCCUCGCGGCAGGGCAGCUUUGCGCCCUCUGAGUACUCGCGCCUCAGUCUCGCCAUGGGCCCUCCGUCGGUCAUGCGGUCGUCCUCUCGUCUGUCGACCGGUGCUGGUGCUGCUGGGGCAGGUUUACGCGUGACGCCAGGUGGUCCAAGUGUGGCGGACGCACGGGUCCACAAGGUGCGUGGGGUGGGCAGAAUGACAGACAGACGCAUUGAUUGAUCUGGAUGGAUGGAGUGUCGUCGUAUGGUUGUGUGUUGUGUGUGUCAGCUGGAGGCUCGUCUGUCGAUGCUAGAGGAGAAAAUGACCGAGCUGAUUAGCCAGAUGAAGGUCCUGGCAGCCGCAUCCAUGAGAGACUGAAGGAAAGACUCGGCCGAUGAGUGUCUGAGUGGCCAGUGAGGGCGAUCUGGGUGUGGGGGAGGGGGA